AUGGCAACUGCAGUCAUGCAGAUGGAAACUCACAUCCAGAAACAUCACUCCACUGGGGGUUCUGGCUCCAGCUCAGUGCAGCAUAUGACUGAGGAAACCAACAUCUCGGAAGAGGAAAUGGUUUCCAGGAAAUCCUCUUCUUCUGUAGAGUCCUUCAGCAUGGUUUCUCAUUCUGUGGACAUCCCUCCAGGAGAGAGCAUCCCUGAAUUUACGGAGAAGCCUCAUCCAGUAACAGUUACUGAAGGAGAUAAAGCGAUAUUCCGAGCCAAAGUGAUAGGUAACCCCAAGCCCAGUGUUACAUGGAAAAGAGAAAAUGGGUUGCCAAUGAAAGAAGGAUCAAGGGCAUUUUUUGAUGGCAUCAAUAAAGAGUAUGUCCUCAAGAUAGAAAACCUCACAAAUAGUGAUGCGGGCCUUUAUAAGUGUGUGGUUUCCAACAAGCAUGCUGACCUCAUCUAUACAGUGUCCUUGAUUAUAACUGAAAGCCAAGAAAAGCUGGAUUUCAAAAAAAUGCUGAAAAAAAGGGGGCUUCCCACACCAAAGAAGGAGAGAAAAAUCGUUGAUGAAAAAGAAAUGCUGGAGAUCCUCUCCAAGGUACCCAAGAAAGACUUUGAGAGGAUCUGCAUGGAAUAUGGUUUCACCGAUUUCAGAGGACUUCUUAAAAAGCUGAAGGAGAUGAAGAAAAAGGAAGUUGAGGCUGUAAAGAUUCUAAAACCCUUGGAGGAUGUUUCGGCGAAGGUGGACUCUACAGCAAUAUUUGACUGUAUUCUGGAACUCAGGGAUGCCAAUGUGAAGUUGACAUGGCUAAAAGGUGAGGAACCUUUGCGUUUUCAUUAUUCUGCAGAAAAAUAUGUAGCAAAACAGAUAGGCACUAAGUUUUUGCUUCACAUCUUUAAUGUCACUGAACGUGACAUAGGUGCCUAUUCUCUUAUUGUAGCCGAUAAACGUCUCUCUGCACAUUUGCGUGUAAUAGAUGAACCCCUACAGUUUUUAACAGACCUGGCACCCAUUAAAGUAAAUGAAAGGCAAACUGCUGUGCUUGAGAUCCGCCUUUCCAAAAAGAUAUCCAACUUUGUUUGGAAAUUUAAUGGAAAAGAGCUGAAGCGGGAUGACAAGUAUGAGAUCAUCACCUCAGAAGAUGGCUUGACGCACACUCUGAAAAUUAAAGAUGUUCGCCUGAGUGACAUGGGAAAGGUCAGCUUUGGAACUGGAGACCUAUUGACAGAAACCGAGCUUUUCAUUCAGAGAAUACCAAUUAAGUUUAUCAGAAACCUGAAGAAUGCCCGAGUCAAGGAGAAGGGUAAAGCUUGUCUGGAAUGUGAGCUGAGCAGUAAAGAUGUGACUUUGAAAUGGAUGAAGAAUGGGAAGGUGAUUGAGAGAUCCAAAAAAUUUUCCAUGAGCCAUGAAGGGAAGAUGGCAGAGUUGAUCAUAGAUGAUGCUGAGCUGAGUGACUCAGGAGAAUAUAUGGUAGUUGCCAUGCAAGAAAGUGACCCUACAGAAUACUACAGCAAUUGUAACGUAACUGUGGAAGAGAGAUUUGCUACAGUCAAGAGUGGCUUAUCAGAUGUCCAAGCAGCUACAGGAGACCCAGCAGAGCUCUGUGUUGUCCUGAAUGAUGAGAAAGUAGAAGGUGUGUGGCUGAAGGAUGGCAAAGAGAUCACAGAUAUGAGAGGAAUCCAGAUUGUCAAGCAAGGAGCUGUGCACAAACUGAUCAUUGACAAGAUGGGUGAAGAAUAUGAAGGGAAGUAUACUUUCAGAGCAAAGGGGGCCGAGAGCGAGGCCACCAUCAGCAUUGCAGACCCCCCAUUUAUUGACCCCUCUGUGCUGGAAGCUUUUGCUGCGCAUCCAGUAACUGUGAAGGCAGGACAGACGGCUUUCAUUAAAGUACCCUUCAAGGCCAAGCCUUUGCCCAAAGUCACCUGGUUCAAAGAUGGUAUUGAGGUGACUGAAGAAGAGAGGGUCACCAUGGAAAGAUCCCAUGAUCAAGCAUUGCUCACCAUAACAAAAUGCGUGAGGGAAGACACUGGAACCAUUAUGCUGAGGCUGAAAAGUGACUGUGGAUCAGCUGUUGCUCAUUUAUUCCUUAAUGUCAUUGACAAACCAAAACCACCCCAAGGAAAAGUGGAAUUCUUGGAGAAAUCAGGGAAGUGCAUCAAAAUGAAAUGGAAAGCCCCCAAAGACAACGGAGGCAAGCAAGUGACCCACUUUAUUAUUGAGCGGAGAAUAGUUGGGAAAAGGUCCUGGAUCAAAAUUGGGGAAAUUGAAAGCAAGGACACCACAUUUGCCACGGAUAAGGUGGAAGAAGGGAAAGCCUACCAAUUUCGAAUCUUGGCUGUAAAUUCUGAAGGUGCAAGUGAACCACUAGAAACAGAAGAAGUUUUUGCUGGGAAUCCGAUUGAUCCUCCAGGACAGGCUUCCCAACCUCAAGUUACGGAUGUUUCCAAAGAGGCUGUUACCAUUACUUGGAAUCCUCCAGCUACAGAUGGUGGGUCUCCAGUUACAGGUUACAUUGUGGAAAGAAGGAAGAAAGGCAGCAGCCUUUGGGUGCCAAUAUCCAAGGAACCAAUUCAAGACACUAAGUGCAAAGUGGAUGGUUUACUGGAAGAUACAGAAUAUGAGUUCCGUGUCAUAGCAGUGAACCGAGCAGGACCUGGAUUUCCCAGCAGUGCUUCCAACUCAGUUGCAGCAAAAGAUCCCAUCAAGCCUCCUGGGCUGGUGAAGGGAUUGCACGUGGCUGAUUCUUCCAACUCCAGCAUUUCCUUGGCAUGGCAGCAGCCUGAUGAGGGUGAUCCACCUUCAGGAUACAUACUGGAGAUGCGACCUGAGGACACCAAGGAAUGGUCCAAGUGCACCAAGAUCCCAAUUUCUGGCAACAGUUACACAGUGGGAGGACUGCAGGAGAGGCAGAAGUAUUUCUUCCGCAUCCGAGCUGUGAAUGAAGCUGGAGUGGGAGAACCAAUUGAGCUGAAGGAAGGUGUUCUGGCCAUGCCCCCUCCAGCUGCUCCAAAGUUUGAUUUGAGUGUCAGACUGAAGAAUCAUAUGGUGGUUCGUGCUGGGACUGCCCUCUGCAUUCAUGCUUCCUUUACUGGCUCUCCUCCUCCAAAUGUUGUGUGGCAAAAAGAUGGGGUUCCCACAAAGGGAAGAGAAAGCAUUACAAAAGGCAAGCAUCACUCUCAGUUCCUCAUCCAUAGCACUAAACGCUUUGAUUCUGGACUCUAUCGGAUCGUGCUGAGUAAUGACUAUGGGGAGAUCCACUACGACAUCCAUGUCCGAGUGACAGACUUCCCAAAGCCACCUACUAAUCUAAACCUCUAUGAAGAAGUGCCAAACACUGUAACACUGAAGUGGGAUCAUUCUCCAGAUGUGCAGGAGGAUGCUGAUGCCCAUUAUGUCAUUUUAAAACGUGACACCAGCACUGCCACUUGGUUCACGGCAGCAGAAAAAGUGUACAGUAACAAGUACACUGUUACAGGUCUGCUUCCUGGCAGGAAAUAUUAUUUCCGGGUCAUUGCCCGCAAUGAUAUUGGUGACAGUGAUCCUUUGGAUUCCAAAGAUUCCUGGCAUAUCAACAAAGAUAUAGAACUCUUCCAUGCCAAGAUGAAGGAGUACCGUGAGCAGGACUGGCGCCAUGCUCCUCAUUUCAUAACUCCUCUGAAGAACCACCUAGUGUGCCGAGGCCAUGACUGUACCAUGAGCUGUGCUUUCUUGGGAAACCCCCGCCCACUGGUUACAUUGUACAAGGGCGAAGUCAAUAUCACAGCCCAUUCCAAAUUCUGGUACAACUCAACUAGCGGUGUCUGCACGCUGAUGAUCCCCACGUGUACUGCCAAGGAUAGUGGCGAGUACUCUGUAUUAAUUGAGAACGAGCUUGGGAAACAAAAAUGCAGUUGUACCUUGACAGUAUAUGACAAAGAUGAUAAAAGCCUUUUGGACACAGUUAUUGGCAGCCUGCAAAAAUCAAAACACCUCAUGUGAACCACUCACCAGAUACAAAUGUCAAAUGUGGCUCAGCAUCAUUCAGAUAGCUUUUGGUUGUGCAUAGCUUGAUCUCUUUGGGACUGUGUAAUUGUU